AUGGAAGCUUCCGAUACUUCGGUGGGGUCCAGCGGGGGCUGGGAUGAAGCGCAGUGUACAGCAGCCCUCGCCCAACUGGAACAGUUGCAGACGCAGAUGGACGACCUUCGCCUAGCUAUUCCACGGAUAAUCGAGCCCUUUCACAGACCCCCAAAUUCAACAACGUACAAGUUAUACGCCGAGGGCGUACUCUCUUCUCAGACUGGCCUCAAUGCGCUCAAGGAUCGUUGGAAGCUUCCUGAGGUACAGAACACAUUUGGGUAUGCCAAGCAGAGCUUUGGCGCAAAUGCCGACUUGUCCGAGGCUGUCUCGGUCCCCUCCCAUGGCUGGGUUGAAAGGGAGCAGGAAGCAAAUAAAUCUACAAGCAAAAGCGGGAGCAAAACUGCCGAGGAUACCGGCGCCGUGUUUACGGAUAGUGACAUAUCUCGUAUAGUCGUCGAGUUUCGCAAGGCGCAUCAGGCUCUCAAGGUCGAGACCAACGACGAUGACCACGGCAUACAUAUUCGUUUUGUUGCCAGUUCUCUUAUGCUCAAGUUUCGCGUCACUAUCGAGCGUGAAGCAAACGGUCGUCACAAGCUCAAUGCAGACUGCCUAGGGACAACCGAAUCCUGUUUGGCAAUUACGCGUUGUAUCGCCUCACGGCCAAACAAAAACGACUUGAGAUAUCUACUGGACAUGAUUGCUGCAUACAAGACUGUCAAAGGGAUAUCUUGUGACAAAUGUUCAAAGAUGCUAGAUAGUGCCGCCUUGACGCCUACCGCGCGACGAAGCAAGCAAGUUGCUACAGCAGAUGAAAGCCUGGAUACAGUCUGGGUAGCACUCCACGAGAGCUGCCUUGAGUGA